AUGGCGUUUUGGGUGGUUGGUGGGGAGGCAAGGCCAUUGUCCCAGGGCGAGGGCCACGCCUUCAAUCCCGACCUCUACGUUGUGGGUGGCAAAAGGAGAAUUGGUCACCCUGACGGAAACGAUUUCUACGACGACUAUUUUUACGGACACGACGAUAUACCUACGCACAAGAAGGCUCGGAUCUCGCAUCUCACCUCGGACACACAGCAUGUCUAUUCACCACAGGCGUCGGUGCCCAUUCAGAACCUCUCCUUCUUGGUCAUCCGAGAGCAAACAUCACCACCACCCGAUCCGGCCGACGCCGAGGUCAGCUCAUCGCAAAUGGAGCGAACCGCCUCUGGCCUUUCCAUCUCUUCAGACACGAACAUCUACAGUGCCGAAAAUGACGAAGACGUGAGGCUUCUGGAUGACGAUGCCGCGGCCAGACUUGUUGAAGACCGAUUGCACCUCGGUCGGCGGAGGACGAAGGACACUCAGCAUGAGAGAAUUCUGAGGUCACUCAUCCGGCCACGUUCUCGGGAGGCGGAAUUCUCCAUUGACAACGCUGCUUUGGAGAGCAUCUUUUCUGCCGCCAACGAGAUCUUCUUCCACAACAGCCUAUCUCAGCGCGUCACAUGGGACUGGUCUCAUGCAUCCAGCGCCCAGUACAAGGAUCACAUCAUCGGCACUACGGCUCUCCGGCGAUCCAAAAUGGGUGGCUUUGAGACCCUCAUCGUCCUCUCCAACCCCAUCCUCAAGAACAGGAAAUACAACCGACGACUGCUCAUUUCCACCUUUUUGCACGAGCUUAUUCACAGCUACCUCUUUAUCAAAUGCGGUGUCAAGGCCCGUGAAUGCGGAGGCCACACGGUGGGGUUCCGGAGGAUUGCAGAGCUCAUUGACCUCUGGGCUGGUUCGGAUAACCUGCACCUCCGAAACAUGGAAGCCGACCUGGACCACUUUCGGGAAGACGAACAUCAUCUCCCGGUUGAUGAUGUGAGCUAUAUGGACACACCAUUCAGAGCCGGGUUCUCCGAGAUACAAGGGUACCUCAGCCCUAAUCAUCAUACACAUUAUGACCACCAACAUUACGAAAGACGUCGAUAUCGAUCACAAGACCGAUGGGAUUGCUGCAUCAACGACCACCGUGGAUACUUCUCCGUCAGCCGGGGCAGCAGUCCCACGUCCACCAACCCCACCACGGCUGAGGAGGACUUUGAAGAAGUGGACCCCCUGGAAGAAGGUGAGAUUCGCGAGCCACGUGGCCGGCGCUUGUGCCCGGACGACUACAUGCCCAGCAGGCAAAUGUCGAGCCAUCGCGAACGGUAUUAUGAGUCACACAUCAGACCCUCCUCAUACGACGGGCGAUGGGCCUGUCCCGACGACCGGAGGGGUGCUGUAGCUCUGAGUUACGGCAACACCCCGAGCUCAGUUGUCCCGUCAUACGUUUAG